GUCAGUGGUAGUUGUGUAUGGUACAUACUGCCAGUUAAACGUCAUUUCUAACAAUUAGAAAGAAGUAAUUUUGUUUUUGUCAUUCGCUUACAGAUCCAAAGCUAGAGGUGCGAUACGAAAUGAGAUUAGUCAGCAUUUAACCUCUGCUCUACACGAUACUCUAGCGAGAAAUGUAAAAAUAGUAAAACGUCCAGUCUCGCGUUCCUGACGUCUUCCUGACAGACCGGUGACAGGGUGCUGCUUCGUGCUACUUCCCCAUCGAGCUACAAGGAGAGUAUGCGAUGCAAUCGACCUCCGCGACUCCGGGCGGACAAGUGCAGUAUUCCGAGAUGAACAUCACCGCUGACGCGAUCCUCCCCAUUUGGGGCCACUGUCACCGUCGCCUGGGUAACAGCGUCAUCCUCACAGACAGUUCGUGGGGGCCAAACUGCAGUCGCUGCUUCCACAUCACGCUAAGAUCAAGAAAUGUGCUUCAGGUGCGCACGGAGAGCCUGGACAAGUGUUACACGAAUGAAGAGGCCGCGGAGGCAACGUGUCCUGACGAAAAGACUGCCCGGUUCAAGGACAUCAUUCUCUACAAAACGAAGGACCUAGGAGGCGAAGACGUCAGACGUCUGUAUUGCCCGUUCAACGGGCGCUUCAGCUUCGUCUACAACGCGAACGACGGUUCGGAGAGCAGGACAGAAUGUCCGGACCCCGUGUCCGAGCUGGACAAUUGCCCGUCUGGCUCCGCGCUCAAUCUUCGCUUCCGUCGCUGUUCGUUUAAAAACCGCGACGUGACGUUCCAGUGCCUGGGGCAUUGGGAAGGCCCUGGGGACCAGCGUUUCCUCGCUUUGCGGGACACACGGCCGGGGACGAACCAUUUCCCGCUCUAUAGAUGCGCCUUAUACAGAGAAGAGUCGGGGACUGGUAAUGUUUUUAUGGCCUUAUCCAGUGAUUCAACAUGCACUUCAAAUCUCAGAAGUGCUACAGCGGGGUAUGAGACCCUUAGUCUGAGUGUAAUGCCUGCGCAGCGCUGGCCCCCAGAGGUGGAUGGCAGCAACUGCAGGUUUCCCCAGUGGGCACAUGGCUACUGGCAGCAUAUAUAUAUCGAAGGCAACACACUCACAUACAAAGACCACGUGUCUUUCAAGACCUUUACGAUCCGAUGCGUCGGAUCUGACGUGGGUAUUAAUGAGCGUUUCCCUGUCUUCGCACGUACGCAGUGUGGAGAAGAAAUGUAUACAUGUAUCUGGUUGAAGAGACGUGGCGUUAAUGUUUUGGAAUUUCAGUUGGGUUUGCAGUCUAGUACUUAUUACAAUGUCACUGUAUGUUCUGACUCAAAUUUUGAGCCCAAGAUAUGGAUUACACAAGGCAGGUUAGAGCAGUUACAGGAAUCCCCUUGUCCCGUGGUGGGAGAGUAUACAGGUGUUAUCCCAGAUGCAACCAAUCUUUGUGCAAAGCUGUCAUCUGACUGCAAAUCACCAGAAAUAAUGUAUUACACAGUGUCAGAUUGCUCCCAAUCAGAAAUAUAUGAAGAACGAGAGUAUCGGUGUCUUGGGCAGUGGGAGGAAGAUGGACUUAUGUAUACAUACACACAGCGACGUGAUGUUGGCACAUAUGAGUGUUUUGUGGGCUCCAUUGUAUCUAACAAUGAGAUAUACAUCAAAGAAGCAGGUGACCACUGCCAGAGGAACAUAGACCCAAUGCACUACGGCAUGAAGCUCACAAGAAAAGGGACAUGUUUUGGAAAUCAACCAAAUGCUGGAGCACAUCCAGAAGCAGGAGCAAUUCCCCAGCCACACCCAACUACCACGUGGAUGUCCAGCAGGCGUCCACCGGAACCCACGAAGCCAUGGAAGCCAAUUACAGCACCCCCAAGGGACGCCAGUGGAGCAGCAGAUGGCCACCAGAAUUCAGCAAGCAUCUUACUUCUAUCUAUGUUGAUUGUCAUUCUUGUACAUUCCUGCCAACACUGAAGAAAAAUGAACCUAAACUGACAGAUCACUAUUCUGUGAUUCAUAUGUGACUUACAGUGAGGUAGACAGGGCAGGAAACAACACUGCUGGAUAAUGUGAGGUACCCAUAGCCCUAAAACAUGCAAUGCCACCAACAGUGAAUGUGAUGUGUUGGUUGGAAUGUUGGUAUCAGUCAGCAUGUUUUUAUGGUAUCUACAGAUAAGACUGACUCACAGCUUCAUGUAACACAACUCUUGUCACAGAUAUGUUCAAUUAUUAAAGCAGAUACUGUGUUAAAGUGAGCUGCUAUUUUAGUAAGGACAGCUCUCUCAGAUCUUACCUCAUUAUAAUUACAUCAGACAUAUUUUUUCCUGUCACAUGCCUGAAGUGAUUAGAAGUUGAACACAUUUUUUAAACACUGACAAGUAUUUUGUAUGUAUAUUUUUCAAGGCCAUGUGACAAGCAGUACUCAACAUGUAUUUGCUACAUGUUUAUCUUUUUUACAUUGAUGACAUGUGUUUAUACUUAGUAACACUUUGGUGAUGCUCAAUUAUGAGAUAGGAAAUAGAAAUAACAGUGCUAGGAUCAUAUUUUCCUAGUGGUAUGACAUAGAAGUAGCAACAAUUUAUUUAUUCUCAAAAUUCAGGAGCAUAUGAGAAAGGGAAAGUACAGUGGAAAUUUAAUCUUCAGUAUGUGAAAAUUUUUAUCAUAUCACAUGUUCUUCAUGCAGGAUGAAAUAAAUUCUGACAUAUGCAUGUCACUAGUAAUUGAGGUUUUCAUGGCAGUAAGUAUGAAGAUGGCCAACUUCUGGGUUCUGGCACUACAACCCAGAAGACAUCCAUCUUCAUAUGUGUGCCAGUUUCCUCAGACAACCAGGUUUUGUAGCGGAAAAUCCUAGUGAAUGCAUUGUGUUAAGUUGUAAGUCUGUACUGUACAUUAAGUGUAUUAUGAAGAAGUUUUUGGAAUCAGGAGGCAUUUUAUAGGUAAAUGUUUUUGAAUGAGAUUUUGUGCACCAAACCAAAUGAACUGGAAUCUUAACAAUUUCAUUGACAUAAAUUCUAUGACAGUUUAUAGAUUACUAACCUCCCAUCAAGUACUCAGUAUGCAUUUAUUUAUCUUUGACUGUGUUCAGAAAAAACAUUUAAUUUUCUCUGACAAAGUCUAUAUAUAAUGUUAAAGCAACUGUUUUAAUAGUAAUUGAAAUCAGUUGAUUUUAAAAUUAGAAUAACAUCUUAAGAAACCCUAGCAAUUGUCAGUGUUGCUCUUUUGAGCUAUAAUGGUUGCAAUGGAGCCUGGAGAUGGUAUGUUUCUCAAAAUGUUUGUCUUACCUUCAUUGCCAUUAGAACCCCAAAUCUCACAAACCUCAAUAUAUUUAGUACAAGUAAAAUUUAUUAUGUGCAUAAUAUUUGAUUUACUGGUUUAAGGCCUGAUGUUUUAAAUUAAAACUAUUGUUUCAAUAGCUUGAACAUGUGAAAAUGGAGAUUUUUCAAAGUCAGAUUUUAUAAAUACAUGAGAAUGAAUAAGUAGA